GCUUCCGGAGCGCGACCUUGGCGGGCGGGCGGGUGAGUGGGCGAUUGCGGGGCCGUGCGGGGCUCUCCCGGCGGCGGCAGCGCCUUCCCCCGCAGCCGCGGCACGGCGGGCAGGGCGGGAGCGCUCGGACAGCGGCCUCCUUGUGUUCAGGGCGGCAGCCGGGAUGGCGGCGCCAACGAUGGAGGAGAGGAAGGCGUGCUGGGGGGCCCGGGACGAGUUCUGGCAGUGCCUGGACAGCCACGGGGAUGACGCCGCCAAGUGCGAGAAGCUGCGCCGGGCCUUCGAGUCGCGCUGCCCGCAGCAGUGGGUUAAACACUUUGACAAAAGAAGAGACUUUUUAAAAUAUAAAAAGAAGCUUGAAACAGAAGGGUAUCGUCCUCCAGAAACUGCUGGAAAGUCUUAGGAACUGUGCUCUCAAAUCAAGUCAGAGUAACUAUAGAACGAAGAAGCCAGAGAAAGGAACAGAAGCUGCUUGAGUGCAAGAACUGGUGAUGUAGCAGUCUCCCUGAAAUGCAGACUGCUCUUCUUGUUGCCAGGUCUCACAUGUCUGCUAAAAAAAGGGGUCACGGGCAGCUUUUUGAUGAGUUUAAGUCAAAGAAAUAUGGUGCAGGGCUGUUCACAAAUUUAAGGGUUUGAAUGUAUAAUUAGUAAAAUUGUUUCACAGGAAUAAAUGAUUAUUUAAUACUGCUAUGUACAUAUUCUAAAGAGAAAAUGAAAUUGUUUUUCAGUAAGUGAACCACUUUUUUCCUAAAUUAAAAAAGUCCAUUCCAACUUGC